AUGGCACCUAAACAGAGUUAUAGUCUUGAGACCGAAUUGGUUCUCGCCAAGUCGAACGAUCAACACAAUGCAUCGGUUCCACCAUUAUAUCAAUCAGCUACUUUUAAACAACCUUCACUUUCUAAUAUGGGUGAAUAUGAUUACACUAGAUCAGGUAAUCCUACAAGAACCCAUUUGCAAAACCACAUUGCCAAAAUCAUGAAGGCAAAACAUGCAUUUGCCGUCUCAUCAGGUAUGGGAUGUCUUGAUGUUAUUACGAGACUUUUAAAUCCUGGUGAUGAAGUUAUUGCUGGUGACGACUUGUAUGGAGGAACUCAUAGAUUGUUGACAUAUUUGAAUAAAAAGGGAGACUUGAUUGUGCAUCAUUAUGAUACAACAAAUACAGAAUUGAUUAAAUCCAAAAUAACCACAAACACAAAGAUGAUCUUUUUGGAAUCACCUACAAACCCAUUGAUUAAAGUGGUGGAUGUAAAAUCGAUAACUGAACAUGCACAUAAUGUCAAUCCUGAUGUAAUUGUUGUAUUUGACAAUACUAUGAUGUCACCAGUUUUCAUGACUCCCUUGGACUUGGGGGUAGAUAUACACUAUGAAUCAGCUACAAAAUACCUCAAUGGUCAUCAUGAUAUUAUGGCCGGUGUCUUAGCCACUAGAUCCGCAGCAUUGGCGGAAAGAUUAUACUAUGUAAUAAACUCGACUGGUUGUGGAUUGUCACCAUUUGAUUGUUGGCUUUUGAGCCGGGGUUUAAAGACACUAGCCAUUAGAGUUGAAAGACAACAAGAUAAUUGUAUCAAGAUUGCCAAGUUUUUAGAAACUGUUGGGUUUAAAGUUAGGUAUCCGGGUUUGAAAACGCAUCCACAAUAUGAAUUGCACAACUCCAUGUGUUCUGGAUACGGUGCCGUAUUAUCAUUUGAAACAGGAUCUAUCAAACUUAGUGAAAAGAUUGUUGAAAGUACCGAUAUUUUCGGCAUUGCUGUAUCAUUUGGAUGUGUAAACUCGUUGAUUUCCAUGCCAUGCAAAAUGUCACAUGCUUCUAUAGAUGCGAAAACUAGAGAAGAAAGAGAGUUUCCUGAGGAUCUAAUCAGAUUGUGUAUUGGGAUUGAAAAUGUUGAUGAUUUGAUUGAUGAUUUGACCAAGGCAUUAUUGAAGAGUGGAGCUGUUAGAGUUAAUGAUAAAGAUGAGUUGUUUAAUGCUGUUCCUAUACAACCAAAGUUAUAG